AAAAAAAAAAAAAAAAAAAAACAUAACCAUGAACUUUAGCGCAGACUAACAACUUCUAUGGAAUGCGGUUUAAUGCAUGCAGACAAGAUCCUAUAUAUACCAACACCUGCAUUUACACUUCAUUUCCAUUUCUUACCUUUGUACCGGUAAUAAUGUCUCGCAUUUUAUCCAAUUUCGCUAUGUGUGGUGAAUAUACCGAUUGUGUUACAGUGCAAAGUAGUGGUGCAAUAGUGGGUGCUAGUGCCCCGAAAGUUAAUAUCCUUCAAAAUGUGGUGGUUCGUGCUGCUAAGUCAACACGUCCAUCCAUUUUACGUGCAUUAUUGUCACGAGAGUCCAUGGGGCAGAGCACACAAGUAGCUGAAGAGGGUUGUCACCCAAUAGCACUUCCUUUACCUCCAAUCCGCGAUGAUUCUUCUGCUAAUGAUUAUAAGGACUUCCCGGAGACCUUAGAAUGGUUAGUUGAGAGAACCCUAUCGCCAUCAAACAUUUCUACUAAACCCCUUAAUUUAGCAGAAAUUUUUGAUAACAUAACACCUACACAGGAUAUAGUUAAGAUGAUGAAUGUUGUGCACAUGCAUCAUCUGAAGUAACGAUACCGUCCGUAUCUAUUACCUCUAAGGAAGUGUCAUCAUUUAUUCUUGAUGAGAAUUGCAUUGCAGCGCUCAAUGAAGAGUGGUCGACCGCUUCUUCAUUGAAUGCUGCACUGGAUAUAGUAAAGAUAAGUGAUGUUGCAGAGCCUUUAGUAGUAUCCGAUGUGGAUCGUAUUGUUAUUUCAGAAGAUGCAUGUACACAUCAUGUAUCAUCUGAAGCAACGAUACCAUCCGUUUCUAUUACCUCUGAGGAAUUGCCAUCAUUUAUUCUUGAUGAGAAUUGCAUUGCAGCAUUCAAUGAAGAGUGGACGACCACUCCUUCACUGAAUGCUACAAUGCAAUCCUCUUCUGUAAUGAAUUUUCCUCCCCCACCUUAUUCCGAAGAUGAUGCCGUGAAAUAUAUUGCACCGCUACUCCCCAUGGCUCCAAACAACGAAAAAAAUAUACGUCAACUAUAUCAGCUAGGCUGUGAUUAUAUUUAUGCCAAUAAUGCACGUUUGACAAAACGCCCUGGUUCAGACGCCUAUUGGCGUCUGAAUUCCAGGGUGUCGAAGAUCGGUAGGAUGAAGGGUGCACUAGCACAUCGAUUAUUUAAAAAUACAAACUAUAAUCAAAAUUUUAAGUUUGCAUUAAAAAAUAAUAUUAACAUGGAUCAACUAAAUAUAUUGUUUCGGAUAAAUAAAUAUUAGAUUCUUUCCACUUUCCCCAUUUACACCCAUCCCUCUUUCCCUUU